GCGCGCUUGGAGGAAGCGGCGGCGCUGCAGCUGCGGGGCGUGGGGGCGGCGGCUUCGGAGGCCGAGGCGGUGGUGGUGGCCCUGGCGGAGACACCGGCACCUCGACUGGGGAAAGCGCUCGGCCGGGACCCCACAGAAGGCCCUAUGGAGGUGGCUGCGGGUGGAGGCUGCGGCGCGGCCCCGCCGUUGCUGCUGAGCGAUAGCGAGCAGCAGUGCUACUCUGAGCUCUUUGCGCGCUGUGCAGGCGCUGCAAGCGGGGGCCCGGGACCUGGACCUCCCGAGGCUACCAGGGUCGCCCCCGGCACUGCCACUGCGGCCGCCGGUCCAGUGGCCGAUCUGUUCCGAGCGUCGCAGCUGCCACCGGAGACGUUGCACCAGAUCACAGAACUGUGUGGUGCAAAGCGGGUUGGUUAUUUUGGUCCAACACAGUUUUACAUUGCCCUGAAAUUGAUUGCUGCAGCACAGUCCGGCCUCCCUGUUCGGACAGAAAGUAUUAAAUGUGAACUGCCUCUGCCUCGCUUUGUGAUGUCAAAGAGUGAUGGUGAGAUACGGUUUGGGAACCCAGCUGAGCUGCACGGAAAGAAGGUUCAGAUUCCAUACUUAACCACCGAGAAAAAUUCCCUCAAAAGAAUGGACGACGAGGAUAAACAGCAGGAAACACAGUCUCCCACGAUGUCACCCCUCGCCUCCCCUCCUUCUUCCCCGCCUCAUUAUCAGAGGGUGUCCUUGAGCCAUGGCUACAGCAAACUGCGGAUCGGCACAGAACAGAUGCAUUCAGGGUCUCAUGAGCAGCAGUCUGGCCUCCUGCCUGCUAAGCUUACAGGUCCUUAUGAAACUAGACAGCCCAUUGGCCAGCCUGAAGGAUCCUCAUCAGAGGCUCCAGUAUCCAAACCACUUCGUCGUCAGGCAUCUCUUAUUCGGUCCUUUUCAGUGGAGAGAGAACUGCAGGAUAACAACAGUAAUUACCCAGAUGAGCCCUGGAGGAUAACAGAAGAACAGCGGGAGUACUAUGUCAAUCAGUUUCGGUCCCUCCAGCCAGACCCGAGUUCCUUCAUUUCAGGGUCUGUGGCCAAGAACUUCUUCACCAAAUCAAAGCUCUCCAUCCCAGAACUCUCUUAUAUCUGGGAACUCAGUGAUGCUGACUGUGACGGAGCCCUGACCUUGCCUGAGUUUUGUGCUGCAUUUCAUCUCAUUGUAGCACGGAAGAACGGCUACCCACUGCCAGAGGGCCUGCCUCCUACUCUGCAGCCAGAGUACUUGCAAGCAGCUUUCCCGAAAUCCAAGUGGGAGUGUGCAAUAUUUGAUUCUUAUUCUGAGUCAAUGCCAGCAAACCAACAACCCUGUGACUUGAAUCGGAUGGAGAAGACAUCUGUUAAAGACAUGGCUGACUUUCCUGUUCCUACUCAAGAUGUGACUACUGGUGAUGACAAACAAGCUUUGAAAAGUACUGUUAAUGAACCCUUACCAAAGGACGUGUCUGAGGAUACAGCAACUUCUAAGGACUGCAACAGUCUCAAAGCAAGACCACGAUCCAGAUCUUACUCUAGCACCUCCAUAGAAGAGACCAUGAAAAGGGGUGAGGACCCUCCCACCCCGCCACCGCGGCCACAGAAAACCCAUUCCAGAGCCUCCUCCUUGGAUCUGAAUAAAGUCUUCCAGCAGCCCAGUGUGCCAGCUACUAACUCAGGAUUGUUACCCCCACCACCGGCACUUCCUCCAAGACCUUGUCCGACACAGUCUGAGCCAGUAUCUGAAGCUGACUUACACCCUCAGCUGAACAGAGCUCCUUCUCAAGCUGCAGAAAGCAGUCCAGCAAAGAAGGAUGCACCACAUGGUCAACCUCCAUCAAAGCCUAUUCGCAGGAAAUUCAGACCUGAAAAUCAAACUACAGAAAACCAAGAGCCUGCUGCUUCUGCUGCUGCUUCUGCUUCUGCUGCUGCUGCUGCUGCUGCUGCUGUUGGAGGGGCAGCUUCUGUAGCAAUGGUGAAACCCCAUCCAACAGUACAAAAGCAGUCUUCCAAACAGAAGAAGGCAAUCCAGACUGCCAUCCGCAAAAAUAAAGAGGCCAAUGCAGUGCUGGCCCGCUUGAACAGUGAGCUUCAGCAGCAGCUGAAGGAGGUUCAUCAAGAACGGAUUGCAUUGGAAAACCAAUUGGAACAACUUCGUCCAGUCACAGUGUUGUGACAUCCUCAAGUCUCGAGUGACAGUAGAUGACCUUGUCUGCCAAGAUCUUUCUUUUGUUUGAGCCCAACCACUUGUCAUAGAUGUCUGAAUGUCAAAAGCUGUGAGCAGCACAAUAUAUUCUGUAUGACUUUCUCUUUUGCACUACUCUUGUAUAUUUUACAGUGGUGGUAAAAAUGUCUUCAACUGAUUAUUGUACUUAAAAUCUUAAUUAUCAGCUACUUGGGAGGCUGAAGCAGGAGGGUCACAAGUCAAGGCCAUCUUGAGAAGCUUAUUGAGACACCGUCUGAAAUAAAAUGUAAAAAGAGAGCUAAGGAUAUAGCUCAGUGGUAGAGAGCUUGCCUGAUAUGCAGAAAACCCCAAGUUUAAUCCUAAGUACCAUUUAAAAACUUGACUUAUCAGUGGAAUUUAUCUUCCAUUUUAACCACUUUUAAAUAUUUCUCCUUAUUAAAAUUGGUCUUCUAUCAGAUAACUCAGAACAUUAUUUAUAAUUUUUACAGAACCUAAUAAUGAAGUACUAGCAGGAUGCUCAUUUUAUUCUUGUGUGUUUCAUACAGUAGGUUGGUUUCCUGAAUAAUGUGGAUUCCAAAUGGAUAGUCUUAGGCAUGAUUACAAUAAAAACAAAAGCUGAAAUACAAUUAAAGCAUCAGAUUUACACUGGCAUUGUGCCCUCUACCACUAUAUGCCAAAAAAAUGCUUCUCUAGUGCCAUUUUGAUAUUAUAUCAGGUAUAAAUAAUACAUGACUAUUGUUUUCUAUUAAAUAUCAGAAUGGGUCUUUACACCUAUGUGAAGUAGAGAUUUUGGCAAUGAACUGUUCAACUUGGCCAAUCUCAGCCAUCAACCUAGAUAACUCAAUCCUUUUCAUGUAAGUUUUUGGGAAAGCACAAUCUAUUUUAAUUGCCUUGCCUAAUCAAAUUAAAUAGUUUCCAGAUCACUACUUUUAUCCUGCAUGAGGAUAACAUCUCUGUAAAUGCAUGAUCUUGGAAACUACCCAUCAAAUAUGAGUAGCUGGAUAGCUACCUAUUUGUUGUUGCACCCAGGUAUCCAGGCUGAGAAGGGAAGGGUAAUGGCUACCAACUCUCCAACAAUGCCUGGUUGUUGUCUUUAUUUUAGCCUGGAUUUCAAAUGUGUUGGGUCUGAAGACAUAAUGAAAGAAUGUAAUCUUCACACUGGCUUUGUGACUAUUUGUUCUCUGUAAAGUGUGCCCUUGGGAAGUAUUGACUUCAUAUACAGUUCAGAGGAUCUCAGCUAACUCUAGUGGAAGUGAUAUAACGCAAGCUCAAAUUGCAGAAAGCCAGUAUCCUGUAGAAAUGUAGUAGUAUAGCCCAAUUGAAAGUAGGAAAUGACUGACCUAUAGGGUCACAGGGUCCCUAGUUCACCAAUCCUCAGCAGGGCAUUCCAAUGUUAACAUUACUUUGAGAGACUUAUAGCAUGACAUACUGUCUCUUGUGCGUUUUGCCAACCUACCCAUUCUUUGUAUAGUGGGAUGUGGUGUGCACAGGGUACUUUUUGAAAUGGUUUUGGAAAGAUUUAUAAUAUGUAAGAUUAGGCUGUUGAUUUCAAUAGUGCUGAGAGCGUUUAGUAAAAAUAGGUGUUUAUUUAAUACUUCCCUGUUCCUUUGGCAAGCUUUAUCAGUAGCUUAAUAACAGAAGAGAAGGGUUCAAACAGAUGAUGUUUUUCCAAAGAAUAACAAAUUGUUGAAUCUCUUCCAUGCAUAUUUAAGGAUUUGAAACUGAUUUGAUUUGGAAAGUCAAGAAACUUGAACUAUUUCUGCAUUUCCUUUUCUCCCUUGGCUGCCUUUUGUUGUUGUUCUUGUGGGGAGGGCUCGGGAAUGAGUUUAAGCCCUCCUAAGAUUAUGAAUGGGUCAGUGCAAAUUCGUAGGUGACUUCUUUUUUCCUUAUGCUGGGAUGUGGGGGCUGUGACAAAUUUUCAACAGUGUUCUGAUUGCAGCUGUUUCACAGCAUGUUUGGUGUUUGGUACAUUCAAUACAGGAAAGACCAACAUAUGCACUUUAUCUCAAAAUCACCCAGUGCAUAUGCCCUCACUUGGGGUAGCACUUCAAAUCUACCAACCAGAUACAACCUAAGGAACGUUAGUUUAACUGUGCGUUUAACAACACUGACUUGCUGUUUCCCUGUGAAGUAAAUGACCCAGAGAACUGGGUAGAGAUUGGGAUUUUAUUUAGUUGGCUUUUUUUCUCUUAAAGGAUAAGACUUGCAUUGGACAAUCAAGGCCCUUUGAGUGUCACAGCCGCAUCAAUAUAUUUCUUGUGGAGCUGGGGAUGAAACCCAGGACAUCAUGCAUUCUAGGCAAACUCUGGGUCACACCUCCAGCCCAUCACCAAUAUUUUAAUUUAGGCAUUGCAUUAAACACUUACCAAUAAUACACACACACACACACACACACACACACACACACACACACUGAGAGAGAGAGAGAGAGAGAGAGAGAGAGAGAGAGAGAGAGAGAGAGAGAGAGAGAGAGAGAGAGAGAGAGAGAGAGAAUAUUCUUAGCUGGACCCAAUUUUGCAUUUUUGAAAGGAAAUAUUUGUGUUUCUAUCUAAGUAUAUAUUAUUAUAUGACUAGUAUUCAUCCUUUAUUUCUGUGUUUUCUUAGAAUGUGCACUUUUAGGGUUACAAUACUGUUUUUUAGAGUCUUUAAUAUGAUAUAGGAAGGCAAGCACACUGAAACCACCUAUAAAACUGCUCUGGAAUUAAUCGCCAUCUGUUGUGAAAAGAAGCUUCUCAGAUGAGGGAUGAGAGAUGCAGACUUGCUACUUGGACAGAAUUCUACAGAAUGAAGGUCAACACUGCCUCCAUUCAUAGGGGUUUAAUUGCCUUGUUGCUCAGUUGUCUUACUGCAUGGGGAUCCUCCAGUCCUACAGAUGAAAGCACAGUAGGAACUGAUCUUGGGCUUAUUGGGGUCUUUAGCAUCUCUUAUAAGUGGCAUACAGCAUGUGGCCUCCUUUCUAUCCAUAGACCUAAAGCAAAACUCAAAUGGUAAAUAGAAAAAAAUGGAUGUAUAAUGUGAUAACCAAGGCAGAUAUUUGCUCUAGUUGGAAAGAUCUAAGCACUUUAUAAGUACAGACAAGUGCUUGGGACUAAAUGAGAAAGGAGUCAGCUUAGCUGGAAGCUGUGCCCAUAUGAAUGUUAGGGCAGGGCCAGUGUUUCUAUCCUAUAGCUAGCAUGGGAAAAGUACAACCCUAAGAACUGGGAGCUCUUUGCCCAGGAAUCCACAAAAAUAGAUAGCUAGUGGUAGAGUUGGGAUGCUAGUCUGAUUUUAUAGAUUCCAACUUCGCCCUCUGUCAAUCCUAAAAAUAGAUUAGAAAGCCUUUUCUGUUUAUCAUGUUGAAAUGUAUUGACUUAAUUGGUCUUUAAAUAUGAAAACAUCUUCUAAGGAGUUUUAGGUCUAGACGUUUCUCUCAAAUUUAAGUAAAAAAUAAAAUAUGAGGGAAAAUAAUAUCAUUAAACUGUUCUAAUGCCUCACCUUUGAUGAUGCAGUACAUUACUUUAAAUCUUGGCAGAACUUUGGACAGCUAUUGCUUUGAAUAGAUUCCAGUCCUAUAUUCCUGUGGGCACUUGCUUUCUCAAAUAGACUACUGUGAUAAAAAUGAACUCAAUAUGUAGUAGCUUAUAGUUUUCUCCAGUAUAUCUUUGGUCACUUGGGUCACAAAUGGUCCAUUUUAGCACAUUUUAGGGAUAGAUAAGUAAUCUAAACACAUGAACUUUUCUUUUGACUUUCUACCAAUGUCUGAACUAUUGUAAAAUAUUUUUUCUUUAACUGUGGUUGACUGUAUAGUAUUUCUAAACAUUUGUCUGUGUCCUGAAUGGUCUCAUAACCGUGGACAUAAUAGAUACAUAAUUAGAAUAUCACUUAGACAAUAUCUGGAAUUGAUGUGAUUCUUGCAAUCAAAGAAGACAUUUGCAAAUGUCUUUUUCUAAGCAGUAGUUAGAAAGAGCUCAAUUAUAGUAUUAGCACCUUAAAGCUAAGACAUUUGUUCAACACAUACUACAAUCACACCUCCGACUAGAUAUCAUCAAGGGAAUGAAGUCUUACAAAUGUAAAAACAAUUUGCCAUCUCAUCACAAGCAGAUGACCGACCCCAUGUGACCACCAAGCAGGCUCACUGGGUUGUGGUGUGAACAUGGUGGGUGUGAAGAAAAAGGAGGAGUGGUUAAAGAAAUCUCCCCCUCACUAAAUACAACGUGAGUGGCUUUGCUCUUUCCAGCGGAUUACUUCUGCUUCGAGUGUUCCCUUAAAACUCAGACUUCAACAGCUAGUUGACUUUCCACUCUAGUUAUAGGUGUUACAGCUUUUUUGUAUCAUGACUCAGUGUGAUUCAAGUUCCUAGUAAGAAGGGAUGAUCUGGAUGUGUACAGUUCUCAGCCUGCACAUCUUGCUUCUCUUUCAACAUGGGCUGAUGGAAACAUUCCACUAGCACAGACAGGUUGAUCACUGAUGGCAAUUUGAAUACAUAUUACUGUGGGCCAUUCUGCUUUGCCUGUUUGUGAAGAGAAAUGCAUUUAAUUAUAUGAACCUCUCAAGAAUAGCAGACAAGGAGGACCAGACUUGAAAAACAAAGCAUACAGGUUUUGAGAGCUGCUGCUCAGCCCCAAACAGACUUUCAGAGGAAGUCUUAUAAAUAUAUUUGAAGCAACCACUAUGUGAUUAUGAGCUGGGCAGUCCAGGUAUAGUUAGUUUUAGGCUUGUAGGAUUGCUUCCUACUUUGACUAUGGUGGUAAAGGACACAGGGAAAACACUGCGUGUUGCAGUUGUUGGUACUUGCUCUGUCUGCAGAAGCCUAGCUUUGCUGACAACUGUUGGAGAAUGCUUAGUUUGCAUGUCUUGUGAUUUCUCCUGUCAGCUAAUAUCGUGGCUGUGGGAAGUUAAUGACACUAGGUUUAUGACUCUGAAGACCAGAGGACAGCAGGCUUUAAGAGGGCUUAAACUGGAAUUUGAGGGCUACAGUAAGGACACCCUCAGGUACCAGGUUCAUAGCAGUCUGGGAUGAUAAGACUAGAUCGUAAAGUUCUUUCAGGGAGCUCUGUCAUGAGACUGAACACAGUACCCAUCAUAUGCCGCUUUGAUUAAUAAAUUGUAGUUUCUGUUUCAAGUCACCUUGUGUGCCAGCUUCCACUGCACCUAUCUUGGGAAGCAGGGAUACCCUCUCCUUUAGAACUAGAACUGCCAUUCUUUUCAUCUUCAGCACAAGUAAGGUAUUUAAGUGAGCCAGAGGCAAAAAGAGCCCUUUUAGUCUUCAUAGCUAUCGGCUAUGAGAGAUAAUGAGCUGACUGUCUAUUUUAACCUCGGAGGUAAAAAUGUAUAUUAUAUUUUUUCACUAUAGGUACAUGUAACAGUAAAAAGUGUAACAGCAAAGUAUAUAUUUGAUGCUUUCUGUCUUUUCAUGAUAUUGUGCUAACAAGUUGUGCUAAUAUGUAACUCAGCCAGAGUCUCAUUCAUUUGCUAAGCAUUGGGAACAUUCUAUGUAUUUACCUUAAACAUAAAUAAAUCCCUGAGAGUGUCCUAUAUUUGGAUUGUGAUUUGUAGACUCAUGCUAACUUUACUGCCUCUUUUUCACACUUGUUGAAAAAUCUGUGAAGAGCAUAGUAAGUUAAGGAUUUCCAACUUGGAAAAUGUACAUGAUGUGAAACUGGGGUGCUAUGUUAAAAAUAAAUGUAUGAUAACUAA